AUGGCAGUCUGUUAUCGUCUCAAUGGCGAUAGCGUGUCUGAUCCCAUUUUUCAACCAUGUGGCAAUCCUGGUACUACGAGCAUGUGCUGCGCUACUAACCGCACAAACCCCUCGGGCGGUAACUACGACAAUGGAUACACUGCGGACGUAUGUCUUGAGAAUGGGAUUUGUCAGAACAAGAUUUUUGUUACUUAUGAAGAUGGAGAUACUACUUUGGUAACCUUGUAUUACCGGGAUUACUGCACAAGUUCCAACUGGACCAAGGACGGAGGGUGCUUGAAUGUGUGUACAGAGCAAACGAAACUGACUACUUUCCGACACUCUCUGGGAGAGUCCAUUCUUGUCGUUGUUCAGCAAUGGCAAGUCUAA